AACAUGCAUGGAGAAAUGUUAAUGAAAUUUUAUAUAAAUUCAGAAUAAUAAAAAAAAACCAUAUAAGCCAAAGGACAACAAGUGAAAAGCGAUCAAAAUACAUCCAAUAAUAAAAUAAAAAAAAUCUCUAAAAAACCAAAAUGCUUAAACCCUUUAUAACCUAUUCCUUGUUAUGCGGAAUUUUGGUUCUACUUCCCUUUGCUCUAGGCAAGCCACAGGAUUUCCAAACUGCUGUCCUUAUGGCUGCCGGCCAAGUUAAGGAAGCCAUCGAUAAUGGAGCUGCCACCCGUUUCGAUAAAAGUGUGGAAGUGUUGGGGGCCAAAUUUAAAAAUAAUGUGGCGGCUGGUUUUGGUGAUGCCAUGAAACAAAAACGUGAAAUUGCAUCUGGAUCAGCCACUGGAGAAUCUUUGGACGAUUCUUAUAGUGAGUCAUCGUAUGAGGACUAUUCUGAAUAUUAUGUUGAUGAUGAUGUGGAAGGGGAAAAAGCAUAGGGACAUUAAAGGACUACUAUCCACCUUAAGGUGUUAGUAUAUGCAUGCAUUAGAUUAGUAUUAUUGGGAAAAUUAUUUUAAGCAAUUCAUGCUUUGCAAACUAACAUGCAGAAUAGUAAUAAAGAAUUAA